AUGUAUGUAACCUUCCUUUCUGUUUCCACAGAGGGCCCAACUAAGCAAAUUCCUCGCCAAAGUGUUCAAGACCAUGAGAAAAAUACGGUGCAUUGUUGAUUGCACUGAGUUCAGAGUGGAGUGUUCCAGGAAUUUUGCCAGACAGGGGAUACUUUUUCAUCAUACAAACACACUAACACGUUCAAAUAUCUGAUAGCAGUAACCCCCAGUGGGGGAGCUUGCUUUAUUUCCGAUUUGCUCCAGGGGGAUAUUGAUGAUGUUCGAAUCUUUGAGGAAAGUGGCAUCAUGAAACACCUCAAACCAUAUGAUUUGGUAUUGGCCGAUCGUGGUUUUACUGUGCGCGAGCUGCUGAAUCCUCUGCAAGUUGAAUGAAGAAUUCCAGCAUUUUUGAAAUGCAGGAAAUCUCGAAGUGCUGCUGAAGAACUGGAGACGCGUCGCAUUGCAAAGGCAAGGAUUCAUGUGGAACGCUUUAAUGAACGUCUCAAGCAGUUUAAACUUGUCAGAAGAAAAAUGCCAUUGUCAAUAGCUCCACUAGCAACGCAAAUGGUUGUAGUUGCUGGAUGCCUGGUCAAUUUUCAGGACCUUCUAUGUAAAUAG